CAGAGCCGGGCGGGGAGAGGAGGGCUCCCGGGGCGGGGGCUCUGGAUCUCGCAGGCUCCGUGCAGCUGCGGCCUCUGCCUCCCCUCAGGCUGCUGCGUGCGGGACUCCUCCGGGCAGCGAAAGGGAGCUGAAGAACUGCCCGUGCCCCGAGCGGAGCUGCCCGCUUCUCCCGGAGCCUGGCAAGGAAGGGCUGCAGCAGGAGCGUCUGGGCGUUUCAUGCUCCGGCAGCCCGGCAGCAUUUUGGCUUUGAUUCCGUCUUGCUCSUACCUGUUCCUGGAGAGGAGGCACCGUCCCGCCAUGUCUCGGUACAGCCUCCACAACCUCCUGGACUGGAUGUAUGGCGGGGUGGACCCYAGCUUUGCCGGCAAUGGAGGGCCGGAAUGCGCCGCCUUUCUCUCCGGCCGGCAGCGCUUGCUGGAGAGUUUGGUCUUCCUCAGUGUGGGCAUCGUGGAGAUCCUGCUGUCCUUGUGGAAGCUCAGGCAGCUGCAUGUCCGGGAGCUGGAGAACCUCCUGCAGCAGCCCCAGACUAAGCAGGAGAGCCUGGGCAAGAAYGUGCUGCUGGUGCUGCUCUGCCUCAUCUUUGGGCUGGAGGUGGGAUUCAAGUUCGCCACCAGGACUGUCAUUUACCUCCUGAAUCCGUGCCAUGUGGUCACAAUGAUGCAGAUUUUUCUUCUUGCCUGCCCCCCAUGUCGGACUGCAAUGAUUCUCUUCAGGUUGCAGAUGCACAUGCUGAAUGGGGCCCUCUUAGCGUUGCUGUUUCCUGUUGUUAAUACACGCCUGCUUCCAUUCGAAAUGGAGAUUUAUUACAUCCAGCAUGUGAUGCUCUAUGUUGUGCCCAUCUAUCUGCUGCAGAAAGGAGGUAUCUACACCCCUGAACCGCUCUGCAAUUUCUGGUGGGCUCUUUUAUCCACGGGGUUUAUGUUUGUCUAUCAUUUUAGCAUCUUGCAGAUCCUGGGAUUGGUUACAGAAGUKAAUUUGAACAACAUGUUGUGCCCAGCCGUGUCAGAUCCUUUUUAUGGGCCUUGGUAUCGAAUCUGGGCGUCUGGACAUCAGACUAUCAUGACCAUGACUCAUGGGAAGCUCGUAAUCCUGCUGUUUCACAGUGCUGUCCCCACCUUUAAAUGGGGCAUGGACUGGCUUAGACUCCCAUCUAAGAAAAUAGACUGAAAUUUCUGCCCAGAGUAGUUCGUACAGGAAGCAGAGAUAUACUGGAAAACAAAGAGGAGGGAUGAGAGGACAAUGGCUUUUAYUUCUUCCCACAGUUUUUUGCCUCAAAAACACCUCUGUAAUCAAGUGAGGGUUUUUUUUUACCUGGUGUUUCUCACUGCCUAUUGCCAAUGGCAAAAUUAGUGGCCUUAUUCUGGGGAAGGUUUGUGUUUUAUACAUUUUGUAUAGAUUACAGUAGAAUCUUGCUUAGCCACCAUUUAAAAUUAGGCCAGGUUCACAUUCCAGCAAAGAGAGUGGCAGUGCUACCUCGUUUUGACUCAUUUUCCAUUAAAGAACAGUACACAUGUAGGAUAGGAAAAAGUGCUGAGUUGUAACACUCCACUGAUAGGAACCAACAURCUGAACUGCAUCAUCCUGGAUAAACUCUUAGAGCUUGAAUGUCCCAAAAAUGGUCACAAGGAACAGUGCACACUUAAUCUUCCAGUCAGAAGUGCAAAACAGUGAGGUUCUACUGUAUUUUCUUUAAGCUGGUUGAAAAUAUUGGGGAACAAUAACUCAGAAUUUUUUUUUAAUCAAGUACUUAAUUUCUAAACUGCAGUGGGUAAGUGUCUAUCUAGUGAAAUUUCAUCAUGAUGCUUUGGAGAUGCUUUUAUUUUGGUGAGGGGAAAAAAAUAAUGUUGAAAUUAUUUCAAAAGAUCAUGUUAUGUAUAAGCUGUGAUAAGAUACUGCAUCCACUGUUCUGUCCUGACUUUGAAUAAAUUUUUUUUUCACUUA